AUGCUUCCCCCCAUCCCCUUCCCCCCUUCGCCCCAUCCCCUUCCCUGCUUCCCCCCAUCCCCUUCCCUGCUUCCCCCCAUCCCCUUCCCUGCUUCCCCCCAUCCGCUUCUCUGCUUCCCCCCAUCCCCUUCCCUGCUUCCCCCCAUCCCCUUCCCCCCUUCGCCCCAUCUCGUUUCCCCCUUCGCCCCAUCCGCCUCCCUGCUUCCCCCCAUCCCCUUCCCUGCUUUCCCCCAUCCGCUUCUCUGCUUCCCCCCAUCCGCUUCUCUGCUUCCCCCCAUCCCCUUCCCUGCUUCCCCCCAUCCCCUUCCCCCCUUCGCCCCAUCUGCUCCCCUGCUUCCCCCCAUCCCCUUCCCUGCUUCCCCCCAUCCCCUUCCCUGCUUCCCCCCAUCCCCUUCCCUGCUUCCCCCCAUCCCCUUCCCCCCUUCGCCCCAUCCCCUUCCCUGCUUCCCCCCAUCCCCUUCCCUGCUUCCCCCCAUCCCCUUCGUCGCUUUCCCCCAUCCCCUUCCCUGCUUCCCCCCAUCUCUCAUUCCUUCACACCUUCCCUCAUUCCUUCCCACCUACACGCAUUCCUUCCCAGCCACAUAUAAUUCCUUCUCACAUUCCUUCCCACCCUCAUGCACCCAUUCCUCUCUCUCUCUUCUCCCGUACUCUCCUUCUCUCCUUGCACCCGCACUCUCACUCUCCUUUCUCCUGCACUCUCCCUUUCCUGCCCUUCCCUUCCCCAUCCCUUCUCAACCCUUCCCUUCCUUUUCAUGCCCUCCCCUUCCCCCUCACUCCUCACUAUACUUGCUUUCAUCAUGUGCGCUUGCUUGUAUCCCCUUGCCGUUGUUCCCUUGCACCUCACACCACCUCCCCCAUGUUCCAGUGGUGAAGCAGAGGAGCAAGCUGAGGCGCAGCUAG